AUGGUUUGUGAAAAAACUAAGAAGAGUGUUACUGAGCCAAGUAUUUUCAAACAGAAUAUGCGAACACACACCAAUGACAAGCUUUUUCGUUGCAAGAAAUGUAAGAAAACCUUCACCUGUUCAAGUCGUCUCAAACGGCAUAUGCGAACACAUACCGAUGAGAAGCCUUAUCAUUGUGAGCAGUGUGAGAAGAGUUUUACCUCUUCAAGUAGUCUCAAAUUUCAUAUACGAACACAUACCAAUGAGAGGCCUUAUCAUUGUGAACAAUGUGAAAAGAAUUUUACCCAAUCAAGUCAUCUCAAAUGUCAUAUACGAAUACAUACCAAUGAGAGACCUUAUCAUUGUGAACAAUGUGAAAAGAGUUAUACCGCAUCAAGUAGUCUCAAACAACAUGUACGAACACAUACCAAUGAUAAGCCUUAUCGUUGUGAGCAAUGUGAAAAAAGUUAUUUCACAUCAAGUCAUCUCAAAUGUCAUAUACGAACACAUACCAAUGUGAAGCCUUAUCGUUGUGAGCAGUGUGAGAAGAGUUUUACCUCUUCAAGUAGUCUCAAAUAUCAUAUACGAACACAUACCAAUGAGAGGCCUUAUCAUUGUGAACAAUGUGAGAAGAGUUAUACCUCAUCAAGUUAUCUCAAAUAUCAUAUACGAACACAUACCAAUGAGAUGCCUUAUCAUUGUGAUCAAUGUGAGAAGAGUUUCACCUCAUCAAGUCAUCUCAAAUAUCAUAUACGAACACAUACAAAUGAGAGGCCUUAUCAUUGUGACCAAUGUGAAAAGAGUUAUACCACAUCAAGUCAACUCAAAUAUCAUAUACGAACACAUACCAAUGAGAGGCCUUAUCAUUGUGAACAAUGUGAAAAGAGUUAUACCACAUCAAGUCAACUCAAAUGUCAUAUACGAACACAUACCAAUGUGAAGCCUUAUCGUUGUGAGCAGUGUGAGAAGAGUUUUACCUCUUCAAGUAGUCUCAAAUAUCAUAUACAAACACAUACCAAUGAGAGGUCUUAUCAUUGUGAACAAUGUGAAAAGUAUUUUACCACAUCAAGUAAUCUCAAAUAUCAUAUGCUAAAACAUAACAUGGUAAAACCUUAUCAAGAGGAAAUCUCAAAUUUAUUUACUUUGCAUAAUAGCUUAAGCACGAGAAGACGUCAAAAUAAACCUGAAAAUUGUUUUUGCAUAAAUAAUGGUAAUUCAGUAGAGCAGUUUUACUGUCGUCAGUGUGAGUCUAUAUACAGUCAAUUAUCUCAUGAAAGAAACUCAUUAAUUAUUCACACAGAGAAGAAAUAUACAUAUAGAUGGAAAUCCAUAAAUGGUGAAAAUCAGUUCACUGUCACACUCAACAUACAAGAUGAGUGUUCAAAUGUGGAAGAACAGAAACGAUUGUUUAUUACGCAUACUGGGUUCAUUGUUGAGAAGAGAAUUCACAAACAAAUAGAAGAAUUCAGAUUGUACAGCCACAGGGUUGAUAAGUGCUGA